CAAGAUAUCAAAACGAGGCUAACGAACACAUUGCAUCAGAAAAGACGAGAUCACUGGAAGCGGUAGCCGGGUGUCUUUUGACAAGAUCAAGUUCUAGCUUUAGUGAAAUAUCAGAAAAACUGAAAUGGCAGAGACCAAUUCACUGGACGAGGAAAAGAAGGCUCUAACCGAUUUGAACGAGUCUGCGACGGUAGAAAUCGACCCUGAUGAUUCUACGGUCAAAUUUAUCAAUGGCGGCAAGGGCAUCGACACGAAAGAAGAUGGCGGAUCGGGUGACAUCUCUUUCACCGGACUCGGGAAAGAAGAAUUGAUGAAGUAUGCCGACGAUCCAUUCUGGAAGAAGGUCAGAAUCUUUCUGUUCAUCCUAUUCUGGGUGGGAUGGUUGGCCAUGUUGAUUGCAGCAAUUGUCAUUAUCGUGCUGGCCCCUCGCUGUCCAUACCGCCCCGAGUCCAAAUGGUACGACGAAAAUACUGCAUAUGAUGUCUACCUCAGAUCGUUCAAGGACAACUCAGAUAGUCAGAGUUCAGAUGAUUCAGAUGGCGUCGGAGAUCUCAAAGGCCUCACAAGCAAAUUGUCUUACCUCAAAGAUCUUGGAGUGAAGACGCUGUACAUAAGUUCUUUCUACAAGUCUGGAAAAGAGGACAAUGGCAUGGAUGUGGUUGACCAUAAAGACAUUGACGAAAUCUACGGCACUCUCGAUCAAUUCAAGGCCCUCCGUAAAGAAACUAAAAAUGAGAUGCGCAUCAUCUUGGACUUCAUUCCUAACCAUACAAGCAAGAACCAUACCUGGUUCCAGAUGAGCAGGAAAAAUGAUCCGGAUUACAAAGACUACUAUGUCUGGAUGCCAUGUACACAGGCUGACAUGCCUAACAACUGGAUGAGUGUUAAUGGUGGAUCUGCAUGGGAGUAUGAUUCGGAGCGCAGCGAGUGCUACCUGCAUACAUACCUGAAGGAAGAGCCAGACCUCAACCUUGCACACCCAGUUGUGCUGAAGGAAAUGGAUUCAAUUAUGCGGUUUUGGUUCGACUUGGGAGUGGAUGGAUUCAAUAUCAUUGGAGCAGAGUACUUGGAAUCAAAUGGAAGCAAUGCUAAUGCAGAUACUCUCCCUCGUAACCUGCCAGAAUCCAUCUCUCUCAUCAGUAGGUGGAGGUCAAUUGCCGAAAGUUAUGCAACUAAACCAGGAAAAGAAAAAAUGUUGAUGGUAGCAGCAACUGGAAACAUCAAUGAAACUAGCUUGUAUUAUGGCACGUCUGCCAAGAAGGGAGCAGACUAUGUGCUUACAUCUCCUGUUGACUUCGCAAAACCAGUGACAGCAGCUAAUAUAGAGUCGAGGAUCAGGAAGUUCAUAGAUGCUGGUCAAACCAAACGGGCUUGGUCUUAUGGAAACCAGGACGAGUCUCGACUUGCCACAAAAGCUGGGAGGACCAUGGUUAAGGCAAUGUUGGCGCUCCAGAUGCUGCUGCCAGGUAUACCUGUUAACUACUAUGGCAAUGAGCUGGGCAUUGAGGAUGGCCUCAUUGAUUAUGCAGACAGACAGGACAUCUUGGUGCGAGAUGUAUCCUUGGCCGACUACGAUCAAGCUAAAAGUAGGGAUCCAUACCGUACACCCAUGCAGUGGACCAGUGGCUUGUAUGCAGGUUUCUCUAAGCAAAAACCUUGGCUACCAGUCAAUAACGAUUCAGACAGCGUGAAUGUUCAGACUGAAAACGCAUACUUUAGGGACAGAAAUACGGAUGGGACGCAGCUGUAUGUCUUCGACAAGCUGGCCAAAAUCAGGGAAGAGGAAUCGUUCCAGUGGGGCAAGACUACCAUUGGUACUGUACAGGAAAGUCUGUGGUUUAAACGCCAUGCAGAAGGAUUCCCAGGGUAUGUUGUUCUCAUGAACCUGGGCACAAGAAGCCAGACAGUGAAUCUGGACAAGGAUGCAGAUGUACCAGCCCAGUUGGAAAUUGUCUUUCACUCCAAGUAUAAGAUCCGGGAGGAGGAAAAGAACCUUAAUCUUGAUGAGAAAUCCAUCUCUAUUAAUGCUGGCCAAGUCCUCGUUUUCAAAUUCAAUUAAAUCGAAAAAAAUAAAAGCACAUGGCAAUUUUGAUUGGACACUGAAUAAGAUAUGUAGUAUUAUAUAAACCUUGGAGAAAGACUAGGAAGAUAAAAAAAAAAAAUUGGAAAGACAAAAUGUAUUAAAAAUCAGUGUGAAUAUAUCGUCUUGAAAUUUCCAUGUGCUUUCAUCUUGUGUGUGUGCAUAUUGACUUUUCAUAUCAACCGAACCUGUUACCAGGCACUCAAAACUGACUGCAUGAUGACCCUGUGUGGUCAGAGAGGUCAGUUUAUUGACACUUUUGAAAUAUUUACAAAAUACCUGUAGAGCAGGACAAUUUAAAUUUGUGUGCGCACAAUUGGCCAAAUGAAACCAAAAGAAAUAUUUGAAGAAAUCCAAUCACAUUAAAAAAUGAACAUCAAA